AUGUCCUCACACUCGAAUCAUCGCCCGGGUGCCCAUUCCACCGGCGGCGGACAGCAUCAACCUCAACCCCCGACACUCCGACCCUCUCAGCAAAUUCCGCCUCUCACCAACGUGGCACCGAGCAUGUUUGUCCCUCUCAGAAAAGACGACGUCGAACCACCAUCCGAAGACGAUGAGCCAAGCCAGCGGAUCGCACGCUUGAAGCGCAUUAUCGAGACCAUCGAUUACCACACCGCCGCCGUCAAGGAGAACUACAUAUGGAUGUUUGAACGGGAAAUGCGUCGGUUCUCUCUUGACGCGGCCGAGCGUGAGGAAGAGUUUAAGCUUCGCGAUCUGCACCCGCCUGGCCCAGCAGAGACGGAAAUCGACGCCGUGUUUGCCAGCAUGGAGAGGCCAGCUCCCGAGGGGAUUGACUACAACGACCCCAACAACCCGUUCAAUGUCAAGCAUCUACCGGAGCUCAACCCGCAGGAGUUCAUGCCACGCGAUGUCUCGCUGAGGGAGAAGGCCAUGAUGGAUAUCCUGACGGUGGUGGAAGCGGGGAAGAAUGAGAUCGAGGCGUACCAGAACCACAUGAAGGGCCUGAGGAGCACCUACGUCGAACUGCUGGGGAAGGAGCAGGAGAUGCUGCGACAGGCGGCGUUGAGGCCGGAGGAACGGACUCGGGUUCAAGAUGCACCCAUGGGCUGA